CCGUCAAUUUAACUUCGUUACUGCUAAACUUGGAAACGCGAAUCUCUCAUCAGCUGAUUGUAAAAACAUUACUAACAUUGCCGCUUCUAUAGUUCCUCGUACAUCAGAUGAGGCAUAACUUUCGCACAGAAGUAUAUCCAGAAAAUGAGUGGCACGUAACUAUACACGUCGUUUCGUGAAGUGGGAAACUAUAGUUGCGGAAAGAUGCAGUAUCUGUAUUAUGUGACACAAAAUAUAGAAGAAUGUCGUGCAGUAUUAAACUAUUUGCCUGUUUGAUCGAAUAAGAGAUAAAUCACGCUUUUGUUAUGGAUGAAUUCUUUUCAACAAUAGCCCUUUUAGGAAUUGUCUUUAGUAUACGCUCUAAUUAUAUAUAUGGGGCGAUUUUUCCGACAAAAGAGGGGAUUUAUGCGUUCAUCUUUUUCCUUAUACUUAUGAAUUUAUUGGCACAUCGUAGAGUAAAGCUCUUUAAAUACCGAUUUUCUUCCCGGCUCAUCAAUUUCAAUCAAGAAGUUGAUUAGUUGAAGCAUUUACACAAAUGUAAUGAAGGUCUACGCUCUCGCUGUCCUCUUAGUUUGCUGCAUAGCUCAGAACGCAUCAGCUGACUGGAGAAACGAUGUCAAAAUCAACCACUGGCAACACAUCAACUCCAUCGUCAACGAUAAUUUAGCUCGCAUCAGGAAAGAUGUAAAUGCCAAGGGUAACACCGCAGCGGCUCAGCAGUGCUAUGAAAACGCUCGCCAGGAGCUAAGCACCGCUACAUCAACCGGCUACAGCAAUGUUAGCGCUUGUGUCAGACAAGCGAACACCGUCGGCGAAGCCAACGUCUGCUCCCAGAAGGUCGACUCCUGGGUAUUUAACGUCUCUCUUGAUGUUUCCAGUACCGCUAGAACUUGUCUCGCAAAUAUCUAGUACAUUAUUCUAUAGCUGGAUGAUAUAAUAUCAAUAGAAUUUUUUAUGUUUGUGUAAAUAUUAUGAAUGUUAUGAUUUUAAUUAUAUAUCCUAAAAAAUUUUAAAAUUAU